AUGGCGGAUCCUUCUCUCCACCACGAGGCCCAACCCCUAAAGUUCAUUGCCGUCGACUACUGUCCCGAAUCAUGCACCCAUUCCCCGGAAUCCUCCACCAUCACCCUCACCUUUGACCACCGCGGCGGCUCGCGGUGGCGCUCCACCACCCGUUUCCAAUACGGCACCUUUAGCUCCCUCAUCCAGUGCCCCAAAGGCAACACCAGCGGCCUCAACUUCAACAUCUAUCUGUCCUCUCUCGAAGGCGACAAGUCCCAAGACGAAAUUGACUUCGAAUUCUUGGGCAAAGACAAGCGAAUCGUGCAGACAAAUUACUACACUGCGGGGACUGGAAACAGAGAAGCUAUACACGAUCUGGGUUUCGACUGUUCUGAUGGGUUUCACGAGUAUGUCAUCAAGUGGGGUCCAGAUUUGAUCCAAUGGUUGAUUGAUGGGAAAGUAAUUAGGUCGGUGGUGAGCGCUGAUGGAGAAGGGUUUCCACGGAAACCCAUGUUUCUGUAUGCCUCAGUUUGGGAUGCUAGCUACAUUGAUGAAGGGAGGUGGACUGGGCCUUAUGUGGGGUGUGAUGCACCCUAUAUUUGCCUCUACAAGAAUGUAAAUGUACCAGUUGGAACUGCUGUGGAGGAAGCUGGCGAUUUGUGA